AACCACCUCAGCUUCCUCAGUACCGCCAUCAAGCAACUCCUCACAGAACGCAAAACCCUAGAAAUGGCGAAGGAUCGCAACGGAUCCGUACCGAAAGACGAAGGCGGCGACGACGACGACGAAGAUCUCAAGGACCAUCAUCGAAUAUCCAAGAGGAAGAAGGACGAGAGAAGCGACGAAGAAUCCAGCGACUCCGGCGAUGAUCGGCACCGGAGAAGAAACAAGAGGAAGAAGAAGAAGAGGAGAAGCAGAAGCUAUGAAUCCCCUUCUUCAUCCGAGUCGGAUUCGUAUUCGGAGUCUGAAGGAUCCGAUGAGGGAUCCGCAUCCGUUAGCUCGGGUUCGGAUUCUGAGGAGAUGAGGAGGAGGAGGAGGAGAGAGAAGAGGAGGAGGAGAGAGAAAGAGUACGAAAAGGAGAGGAGGAGGAAGAAGGAGAAGAGGAGGAGAGAGAAAGAGGAGAAGAGGAAGAAGAAGAAGAAGGAGGAAAAGAAGAAGAAGAAGAAAGAGAAAGAUAGAGGGAAGAAGGGCGCAGUUACAAAUUCUUGGGGAAAGUAUGGAAUUAUUAAAGAGACUGAUAUGUGGAAUAAACGACCUGAGUUCACUGCAUGGCUAGCAGAAGUGAAACAGAUCAAUCUGGAAACAUUAGCAAACUGGGAAGAGAAGCAAAUGUUUAAGGAAUUCAUGGAGGAUCACAAUACAGCUACUUUCCCAUCCAAAAAAUACUAUGAUUUAGAUGCUUAUCAUCAUCGACAGAUGGAGAAGGAAAUGAAAAAGGGUCUGAAGAAAAUAACAGAAACAGAAAGGACAGUUUUCAAUGAUGAAGAACAACGUCGACUAGAGUUGCAGAGAGAGCGGGAAAAACAUAAAGAGGAACAAGUAGAGGCUUUGAAGUGUUCGAUGCAAAGCGGAAUGGCACAAGCUAUGAAGGAGCAGGCCCGUUUGAAGGAAGAAAUGACUUAUCAGUAUAGACUGGGAAAUUUUGAGGCUGCUGCUGCUAUCCAGAGAAGAUUGGAUCCAGAUGUGGCUAUGUAGGCUCUCUUAUUACUUUACCAGAUAUGAAGGAAUCCUAUUUUGCUCAAUGGAUGAGAUGUGAUAUAAAACCUGGCAGGUCAUCAGGAUAGUUUUCUUCUGCCAUGUAAUUGUAUUAAGACAACACGUGUUUUAAAUCGCUGAUUGGUUUAUCUAUUUAAAUUGGAAUCUCCAUGUCCUUGUUUGAUGUGAUAACUUGGGUUUGUUUCGGAAUUAUAUUUUCAUGGAAUUUUGUUUUUGA